CUAAUAUCAGUCUGAAUCUUACGCCAUGUCGCGCGUUGACGUCGACAUCCUCGCAAGGUGCGCCGUGAUUCUAUGGCUGUUAGUGCAAUAUAGUGUUGGACUUUCGUCUGCAAUGCUCCCAGGUGUAAGGACUUGCAGUGUCCGAGUACAAGCGCUAUCACCGACCGCAACAACGGACCAGCUCGGAGCACAAGUCAUCGCAGCUUUCAUUGCAACUUGCCGGUGGAACAUGAAGUGCAGAUUUGGUGACAAAACCAGUUGCUUCUUCAAAACACGGCCCAGUGUGCCCUACACCAACGCCCCCAUCCUCUCGCAGCUAGCUACGCCCUUCUACUUUCAUUUCAUAGUCCGCGCCGCGCAGAACGCGAUUAUUGCAUUGGGAGAGGGCAGUACAGACGAAUCCAUAUUCGCUGUGAUAGUUCUUGGUUCACGACUUAACACCCUAAGCUUAAUCCGAGACUGUUGGACUGUUCUCCCGACGUGCGACUGGCGACAGGUUCAGGUGGAACACUAUGAAAAUGACAUGGUCAGCGCCAAAGAAUACCGCGGUUUCUGGGUCCAGUACGACGGGGCCGGUGUGGUGCGAGUCGGCGGGGAAGACGGCACGAAAGACGGUAGGGUUUUGAUGGAGUGGAACGCACGAAGCUUCCACGGCCGCGUGGUCCAAACGGUACACGUUGGGAUAUCGGCCUGGAAGUACAGCGAAGCUGAUUGGGUAUUUUAUCAGUCAUGUGACUGAAUGUAUGUAUCCAAUGAAAACCAAAAGCGAAGCUGAUUGGGUUGUUUUUAGUCUGGUUCCCAGACCAAAAGAUUCUGACAUAUUCUCCUCCCGUUUCCGAAAAUAUCCAAAGUUUGCCGAAUGCAUUUCGUCGAUACUCUCAGAUAGGGCCCAGGUAUUUUUGGGUACAAAACAGGUUUUAUUUACACUGCCAUGCUUAUUAACAAUGAAACAAAAAAUGAGUUGAAAAUUAAUAUUCAUUGCUUGCAUUUAAAAUAAAACCUUGCAAUUCAAUGACUUUGUGCAUCAAGUAUGCACUCGGAUCGAUAGUACGAGGGACGAGCUUUGUUGUGUCAUGUACUAUUUUUAAUCUGAACACGGUUACCUAGGGUUAUUCAAAAAAAUCGGCGUCGUCUCCAUUUCGGGGUUGGCCUGCUAUUGUGGGCCCCUAACUUUGAAGAUUCCAGCUCAACAUUAGUCAAUGUUUUCUU